CGCCGGUUUCACAUCCCCAGAAGGGAAGAAGCAAGAAGAGAGAAAAAGGGACUACUGGCCGUUGCGACCACUACUGUCCCGCCGUAGGUUGUCGCGCUCGACGAGAUCCGGGCGCGCGUCCCUAGGGUACCGUACCGCCUCGACCAGCGCCCGUCCAAGCUGCCCUCUCUCUCUCUCACACGCUGCAACACCAUUCCUCCCCACUACCUGACGCAUUCCGCACCGCGCACCGCGCACCGCCGGCCAUGGCCCAAGAGACGAGCUUCAUGGGCAUGUCCGCGCCUGCGCCGCCGCCCGCCAUCCAGCCCACGCCCUCGGCCGCCCCCCAGAACCAGUCGCCGGGCCAUCCAAGCUUUCGCAGGCAGCGCGCAUCGCGAGCCUGUGAGACGUGCCAUGCGCGAAAGGUUCGUUGCGAUGCUGCCAGCCUGGGUGUGCCCUGCACCAACUGCACCGCCUUCGCCAUCGAGUGUCGCAUCCCCACGCCCAAGCGGAAGAAGACGACCACAAAGGCCAAAGACACGGACAGUGACCGCAGCGACGCCCUGCAGGAUGGUGACCGGCGCUCCUCGACCAACAUUGUCACCACGAACCACUCGCCGGCCGCGGUGCUGCAGAACCCCAACCCCACGGCGUUGAACUUGGGCCCGGAUGAAAAGACGACGGUAACGAAUUCUCCCGACGGCAUCCCCUCGACGGCCUUGCCGCCCGCCUACAAUGCGCAACAGUCGGCUCACAACGGGUCCUAUCUACAGUUUAUGAAGCCAAAGUUCGCAAGGGCCCCCAUCAAGGAAGCCGGUCGGGUCGCAUACCUCGGAGAAUCCUCCAAUUUGUCCCUCCUCGUGCAUGAUCGAUACGGGACGACGGACGUGGUGCAUUAUCCUCUGCCGGAAAACGUCCGUGGCGCAAAGGCGCGCGUCAACGAGCUUGAUGACAUUGAAAUCAACAUCCUCCACACCAGAGGCGCUUUCCUGCUGCCGCCUCGCGCUCUGUGCGACGAGCUGGUAGAUGCCUUCUUCAGAUGGGUCGCACCGGUGGUGCCGGUCAUCAACCGCAGCCGCUUCAUGCGGCAAUACCGAGAUCCCAAGAACCCGCCCUCUCUUCUCCUGCUGCAAGCCAUACUCCUCGCCGGUUCCCGCGUAUGCACCAACCCGCAGCUCAUGGAUUCAAGCGGUUCCACGACGCCAGCGGCCAUGACUUUCUACAAGCGAGCCAAAGCGCUGUUUGAUGCAAACUACGAGGACGAUCGAGUGACCAUUGUCCAGGCGGUUAUUCUGAUGGGCUGGUAUUGGGAAGGCCCGGAAGAUGUCACGAAAAAUGUUUUCUACUGGAGCAGGGUCGCCAUUGUAGUGGCCCAAGGCUCCGGAAUGCACCGGAGCGUGGAGGGUUCUCAGCUCACCAGAUCCGACAAGCGAUUGUGGAAGCGCAUCUGGUGGACGCUUUUCUCCCGAGAUCGGUCAGUCGCGGUAGCUCUCGGACGGCCCGUAGCGAUCAACCCCGAGGACUCCGACGUUGAGAUGAUUUCCGAGGACGAUUUUAUCGAAGACGAGCCAGAUCGCCCGGCCGAGUACAGGCCAGAUCCCGUGCACGUCCAGUUCUUCAUUAACUACGUCAAGCUGUGUGAAAUUAUGGGCCUGGUGCUGUCACAACAGUAUUCUGUUGCUUCCAAAUUCCGGCGGACGAAUGCUAUUGACCUGACACACAGCGAUAUGGCACUUGCAGAUUGGCUUCAACACUGCCCGAAAGAGGUCUAUUGGGAAAAGGGCCGCCACCACUUCUGGUCGGCGCUGCUGCACGCCAACUACUACACUACCCUUUGCUUGCUUCAUCGGGCACACAUGCCUCCUGCGGGUUCGCCCAAGAUGGAUCAGCUACAAGGGGCUUAUCCAUCACGUACCAUUGCCUACCAGGCGGCUGGCAUGAUCACGGCGAUCAUCGAGAGCCUGCAAGCGUACGAUGAAUUACGUUAUACGCCUGCUUUUAUUGUUUACAGCUUGUUUUCCGCACUCAUCAUGCAUGUUUAUCAGAUGCGAUCAUCGAAUAAGCAAAUUGUCUCGGCAACCGAGCAGAGGCUGACGGUAUGUAUGAACGCACUCAAGGACGUCUCAAGGGUGUGGCUCGUCGCGAAGAUGGUUCAUACUCUCUUCGAGUCAAUUCUUGGGAACAAGGUUCUCGAGGAAAGGCUGCAAAAAGCCGCGGGCAAGCGGCAUCAGAAGCCCAAACCUCCUUCUAUGGCUCAAUCGCAGCCGCAGCAUCCUCACCCAAAGCCCAGGGACGAAGCGUUGAAGCGCAAGUUUGACGACAUGGACAUCAGCUUCGCCAGCGGGCCGCCCGCGCCGCAGGUGUCGUAUGAGCGAUCACGGCCGCAGACUCCGGCCGUCACACCUUCACGAGAUCUUCAGCCCCAGAUACCGACAAUGACUGCAGCUUCGCCCGACAUGACCCGUCAGAACCGAGACGCAUUUAUGGGGCCGUCACGCUCCGGUACGCGUCCCACGAGUCCUUUCAACCCUUCUUAUUCAUAUCCCGGGACCCCUCCGGACUUAUUUCUCGUUACUCGCGAUACUCCCAACCUGUCGCAGGACAUUUGGCAAAACUUCCAGCCUGACCAGCUGUUCCCCGCCGAUACGAAUCUUUCCUUCCCCACCAUCUCACCCACCCAGCAGCACUCGAUCGUGGACCCGCAGCUCUCGGGCCAGAUGUCCAUGCACGCGCAGAACCCGGCGCCGCCGCGCGUGUCGCAGCAGUCCCCGCAGCAGAUACUGGCCAGCCAACCGCAGCCGCUGCCGUCGAACGGCGGCGCGAUGUCGAUGCCGGCGCAGAGCAUGCACCAGGCGGACGCGAACGCGUGGGCACAGCUAGACAUGGCGAACACGCAACAACAGCAGCAGCAGCAGCAGCAGCAACACGCAAAACACCAACAACAGCAACAACACGCACAGCAAGUGGGCAACGACGAGACGUGGAGCAACAGCAGCAGGGGCCAGCCGAUCGCGCCGACGACGCUCAACGUCGAGGACUGGUACGUCUUCCUUUCCGCGCAGCACUAUGCUCCUCCUCCCUCUGCUCGGGCUCCUCCGACGGCGGCAGGCUUCUACGCGCCGCUGCCGCAGCAGCAGCAGCAGCAGCAGCCGACGUCGGGCACGGCGGCGGCGGCGGCGGCCGAGGCGCUGCAGUCGAUGGGGCUGAGCGGCAGAUAGAUGAUGAGCAUUGUUGUUGCUGUUUCUUGUUUCUUCUUUUGCACGAUAACUAUCUUCGUCUUCUUUUCUUUUUCCGUGCUUGCAUGUUUCUGUUCUUUUCCUCGACUACUGCUACUACCACUACUACUGCUACGACACGAACGAGGAGACGAUGAAAGAAGAAGAUGAUAAUGUGUUUUCGUUUAUGGUUUAUGGUUACGGUUAUACGCUAGUAGUUCACGCUUGGCUGACGAUUGGACCGGGGCGGUUUCUGGGAGGGCAGGUUCAAUUUCUUCGGCAUUCCGAACGGCGACUUGAGCGCGCUGCAGGGCUCGUUUCAUUGAUUGAGUGGGUUGGGUGGGUAGGUGUG